AAUACUUCUCCCGAGGAGGAUUCUAGCGGCACUACGUAGAUUAUCCUGUGUCGGAGCAGGCUCAGUAGUGGGAUUAAUCUGCAGGGAUUCAGAGAAAAAGAGGAUUUUGUGUGUGUGUGUGCUGUUUCUAAACAAAUGUGUGGUGAAAAUGAGAGCGGCCAUAAUUGUUUAAUGUGUUGUGAAGUGAUAGAAGAGUUUAGGAUUAAAUAGGGUCUCGACUUGACAAGUUUCGAACGCUAAACGAGCAAGAGAAGUGCGUCUGGCGCCACGAGAAGUGUUUACCCAGUUCUUGUAGUGCGAGGAGACUCGACUUGAACGCGAUAUCUACCGUUGGAAUCUUGGAGAAGUGUUCUCCAGAUAUGUGAUGAAGUUAUUUUCUUAGGCUGGAAACUGCAAACUUUUCUCAGCUGAAUAAGAAAUUCCAUCCUACUCGCAAUGCUUGUUAUUCAUUAUGGAGUUGCAAUAUUCACGUUGCUGUCGGUGGGCAGCGAUGCUGGUUUAGAGAUUUACACAGACGAGGGAGUCCUGACAGCUGAGAGGUUCAUAGGAGGAGGAGGAGGAGGAGGAGGAGGAGGAAGGAGGUACCUGGACAGGGAAUCAGCCAGGACGAAACCGGUGGUGGACGAGAACCUCUCACGGCUCUUGACCGAAUUCGGUGGCGGUCACAUGAUGCGACUGCUGAGGGAGUUUGGUGGAGUGACUGAAGAAGGAGGAGGAUUUGAUCGAAAUUGGAUAUUCAGCCUGCGAGGCGUUACUUCUCUGCUCAGUGCAUUCGGAGGACUAGGCGACCCGGCCAAUCAUUUCGACGACGUGGCGAAGUUGCUCACCGAGCUUGAACGGCGGGGUUUCAGAAGAGGAGAGAACGGCAGAGGGAUGAGGGAGGAUAUGAUAGAAGCAAUUCACGUGAUGAGAGGCGACAAAGAUAAAGGCAGGGAUGGUGACAGCAGAAUCAGAACGGAAAACGAAAGAGGAAUCAUGAACCAAAGGGGAUUAGGAGACGGUCAAUCCAAUACCGGCGAUAAUACACUUGACAACUUAUCUCUCUUGUUGGAAUUGUUAGCUAACGAGAGCGCUAAGGAUGUCCCCAGCCUGAUAAACAGCCUAACAAAACGAGGAGGAAAAAAGGGAGAGACAAAUGACAGACGAAGGAACGUGGAAAGAGAGACUGAAAGGACACAUUGCACGAUUCUGUGUCAUCGCAAAGGAGGCCUGACGAUCUUCUAGAAGAGACUAACCCACAAAAGGCAGGCAUUGACAUUGGAAGUUUACUCCAGUUAUCUUCUCUUCUUGAACAGUUUCAAGAUGACGGGAAUGGAGGGGGAAACCUAGCAGCCACUGCACUCAGGACAGGCGGGAAUAUCAUCAGAGAAGGUGCGGCUUUAGGUUUUGAGUUGGGGUCCCUGGUUGCUCUGGCUGGAAUUAGCACAUUAGGAGCAGUUGCAGGUUUUGCUGAAGCAGGCCUAGAUAUUUUGACUAAUGGCAAUGGUCUUUUGGACACAAGAAGGGAUUCCAAAGAUGCAAGAGACAGUUCCUACAGUGUAGUAGAAGGAAGAAGUAGAAGCAACCCUGGUUUUGAGGUAAGGGAUAUUGCGAACACGGAGGGAGGAAACCGAAGGGCUGUAGUACCUGGGUCUAAGGGAUAUGACUUUGGUGGUGUGCCUGGUAAGUAUUCAGUCAAUUAUGAGACACGAGAUGGGAGGAGAUCUGAGUCUGAUCAGAAGGACAGAUUAAAAAAUGAUGAAUUCAUAAUAGACCCAGGAUCCGAGAUGAAUCCCAGAAGACCUCUUUCCCACGGUGGGACCGGAAGCAUUCCAGAAGUGGGACAUGCAGGAAACGCUGAUGUCCAAAUGCCUGGAGGUUCCGGCAGAAGAGAGGAUACGGCGACACAGAACGUGGUCACCGAACAAGGUGGCAGUAGGCAAUCAUAUGAGGAAACAAUGAGCGUACAAGUAACCACAGAAGUCAACGUGCCGGGAGGAGGGAGAAAUGGGAAGUUGCAGAUAGAUAAAGGAAGUUCACCAUUUAUCCCAAAUGAACAAUCUAAUAGGAAUGAACGCACGUUCACGCAUCAGACGCCGACGAGACAUCAAGUGACUGGAGACAAUUCCUACCAUCGGGCUGAAGGGGAUGAUGGAAACGCCGGACUAGAAAAGGCCUCUCCUGUCAGCAUCACCGGACAUUACAGCGCUCCUGUUGGCGAUGGCGACGCCGGUGGCAGAGCAAGCGGUGACGAGGUGCUGGGAAAGACCUCAGAAAAGACAGACGACGUCUUCAGAGACCCACCAAGUGAAGAUUAUGAGUUUGAAAUCAAUCUACGAGAGACCGCGGGAGACCGAAGGUUUGAUCGCGUAUUCGGUGGGUCCUUUUUACCCGCCGAUACUAUUUUCAGAGCUGCUGUCAGAGGCGAAUCGCCCCACUACGUGUUCGAGAGAGGCUCCUCCUCCAUAACCUCCCCGGAGAAUCCUUCGAUCCAAAGAGGACUCGUCAGGCACGUGGGAUCCUUCACCUCAACGCAGCAUCAAGGGAAAGUGAACGUGCGAAUAUAUGGUGCGCAAGGCCGUUAGUUGAUAGCCAGAGCUUGCGAGUUCAAGAGGACUUUGCUUUGACGAAGAAGAAGGAUUCCUGCGUCAAUGAAUCCCACAGGCCUAUCGGUUUCACUUUCCCGUGACGCGACAAACAAAAGGUGUAAAACCAGCUUCUGGUCAAAGGUGAUCUGUGACUCUGAGAGCUGCAUCAAGUGACAUGCGUCGUCAGACAAAGCGCACAGACAGUCUGUGUUCAGAUUGUCCUCAUAAACAUCUGAAUCUUGUGGUCGAAUAAGUUGUUGCCUCUUCGCUCAAACGGAUAUGUAAGACAUUUUUAGUAUAAUUUAUCGGACAGUUGACUUAUUAUAAGUGAUGGAAUCCUCUGUAGGUUACUUUCUAUAUGAUAUUUUCGGUCAGUCAUUUUUUUUGUAUAGAGAAUGCUAUAACAAGAAUUUCAUAUGGAAAUGAUGCACGUGAUCAUAGCUUAACAAGGCUACCAAGGGAGAAUCAAGGAUAGUGAUGAAAUACUCCUGAGAAAGUCUUUGAUGCUUUUAUGUUAACAGAGCAGAAUUGUCAUGACUGAAAAUAUUGCCAUUUAUAGUCAUUCUCUAUAUUGAAACUUGAAUAGUGAGAAUUUAGGCAGAACUUGUAUCAGCUUCUUCAUCGGUGGUUUAAAUUGGCUUCCAUUUUCUGCAUAUCCGACCUUUUUGUUUUGGCGCUUCAUUUCAUCUUCUUUUCAUUUCAUAAUCUUUACCAGCUAAUGCUCUGUUCACUCCCUUCUAGACAAGUAGUUUACAAUCAACCUUAAAACAGUACAAAAAGCUCCGAUAACUCAAAUACUGAAUAAAGACUUAAAAAAAUUCAUAGAGAUCCGGAGAGACUCAAUGAGAGGUUCUGUGAAUCUUGGCUACAUCAGCUCUGAAUGCUAAGCCUUAUUAGUUAUUUUCUUUAUGAGGUCUUUGAAAAUAAUCAAACAACAGUGUACGUACUGAUUCUUGAAGGCAAACGUUUAAGAUUGGUCACAGUAUUUAGGUCCAGUUUCUACCAUGAAAUGGCUGCAAUUGAUGAGUUUUUGAGGUUAAGAAGGAGCGAGUUUUUGGGUUUACUUUGGCAUUUUAGAUAUUACAGAAAUGAAAACCAAUUAACAAAACCUUGAGAAAGUCAAAUUGAUAUUUAACCCCUAAAUUUGAUGUAGUACUAUAUGAAUGAAUUUCAUUUUACUAGGCUCAUAAGCCUGUUUAUUUUUUAUGUUAACAAAGCAGUGAGUAAAAUAACCAGCUUUAGAUCAGUGUUGAAGAAUAACUUUUGAUUUCAUUUAUGAGUGACAUUUUAAGCAGACUGUUUUUGUCUCGUGACGCAAAUCAACUUUGCGAUUGAAAUAGAAUGGAAAUAUAAAAAUAUAAAAAAAUGAUACACACAUAUAUAAAUAUAUUAUAUGUGGUAAAGUAUAUAUUGUGAAUUUUAAAUAUAAAUUGAUUUGUAAAAAUUAUCUUUAGGAUUUUGAUGCAAUAUGGACAAUACAAAAACAAAAUUAAUGAAAGCUUGACUGACAUUUGAGGAAACAAUGAUAUUGAUGGUUGUACCAUAAAUGUAAGUGGUAAGAUGGUAGCUUUUGAAAAUAUGGUGGUCAUACUGUUUUUCACCCUUUCAGAUUUGAAAGUGAAAACGGCUUACAGAAGAUUCAGUCUCUCCAAAAUUAUGUUAAACUUUCUGAAAAUGGGCCUAGAGUUUCAAACACUUCUUAUAAGGUUUAUGAAGAGUUUCCAGCAGCAAAUCAUUUCUCACAAGCUCUUAAGCAUAUUCUGAUAUUGUACUGUCACAGGCAGUCACUGAAAAAUAUAUGCGAUUUUGUAUUUUAAGAAAAAUCUGUGCCAUAUUUUGGACAUUUGUAGUUGACUUUAGUUACUCGCGACAUCACCACAUCACCACACUUUCCUCCAAAGGACUGACCAAAGGCCAUUUCAAGAUUUUCUUGGAGCAGUUUGAAGAUUAGUCCCAAGGCUAAAACCCUUUCUUGUUGGUUCGUGCUCGUAUCAUAGAAAACGAGCUCCCUAUACUCCUCCUAUUUUCUCAAAGUAUCAGUGUGUAGAAACACUUGAACUGUAGAAGUCUUAACCUACACCUGCCUUUUUUUUUUUUUAUUUAAGAAAGGCAAUAUUUUCAAAAUUAAACAAAAUUAUUUUAUAUACUGGAUUGGUUAAUCUGGAAGAGGAUUUUUUUUUUUUUUCUGUGAACUAACCUUCAAACGGUUUCUAUAUUACUCAUCUACAUUUUUGGUUCUAAGAUUUGAAUAUGCAUUUAUCACUCAGUAUUUUUCUUGUAUAUCCAUGAGAGAGAGAGAGAGAGAGAAG